CGUGUGUGUGCGUGUCUGUGCACAUGUAUUUUCGUACGUGUUACGAUUACGAAAGUUAAAUAAACAAAUUUACAUCGCUUAUGUACAUAUGGCUGUAAAAAACUGUCGCUUCUACAAGCCAAAUUUACCGCGAUAGAGUUCCCCUUAAUCACAUUCUCUACGAAUCCCGUGCGAAUCGCUACGAGAGUGUUUCUAAACAGCAACAACACAACACGGAAUAAACAACUACAAUAUAUUCCUUUCUGUGUGUAAGAGUCGGAAAGAGGGAGAGAGACAUAGGAAAAUGGACGCCCUGCGGGAGCAGGUGAUGAUCAAUCAGUUCGUUCUCGCUGCAGGUUGCGCCAGAGAACAAGCCAAACAGUUGCUGCAGUCCGCACACUGGCAAUUCGAGACCGCCCUGAGCAUAUUUUUCCAAGAAGCGGCCAUUCCUUCUUGCACACAAGGACCCGGCGCACAUUUCGGACAGAUAACGCCAUGCAACACGCCGGCGACGCCGCCCAAUUUCCCGGACGCCCUGUUGGCUUUUUCCAAAAUGUCUGCCGGAGAUAAAACUCCUUCCGGCAUGUCACCGAGUCAAAAUGGCCAACAGCAAACAUCGCCACCGAUGAUGCAGCAGCAACAGGCGCACAGAUCGCGAUGUAGCAGCGUAUCGAGUGGAAAUCAGCCGCAAAAUCCGACCCAGCAGCAGUUCGGGAUCGGGGAGCUUCAAAGAUAAAACGUGGAAGCUCUGGAUUCUUUAAUAAUAUCCGGUUUCGCGUACACGGGGAGGCAGGGGGGGGGGGGUGGAGAUUUUUCGAGUAAAGCGAAAACGGCUUAUUGAAAAACUCGAUAAAGGUGAAAAGAGUCGAAGGAAAUUUGGCCCGAGACUCUGAAGGCAAUUUUUCGACGAGCUUCCGGUUUCCCCUGGUCGUUAACAGCGAGGAUACCCCGCGGUCAAUGUACGACCGAGAAACUUCGAAAAUGUCAAAAAACAAAAUGAAGGAAGGAUCAGCUACGAGCUGAAGUUCGAGUUAAGGCUCAAACUAAAAAAAGACGAUAAUCGAUCCGAUAUUCGACGCCUCGAUAUUUUCGGGCCCUGGGACUCUAGUUCCUAAAAAAAAUAAAACAAUAAAUUGUGCUGUCUCUCCCCAUGAAAAAUUCUGUGGGGAAACACAAUAAAAAAUCCACGUAUAUAUGAAUAUAUUAAAUAAACACAAUAAUUAUGCUGAAAUGAAUAAAAAUAUAGCGCGAAGCAGCAGAGGCGUCUAUCUGAGAAUAAGAAAGUACAAGAAUUUUAACGAAAGACAAUUAGAAAAAUAUCAUUAGUUAUAUAAAAACGAAUAUUAUUGCAAAAAGUUCAAGUUUCAAACGUUCACAUUGUUUUUUUUUUUCCUAUUUUUUUCUCUUUUCCUCUCUCCCUCCGAGGGAUUCGUUUUUUGCAACAGUACGAAGGGGCUCCAGGUCCGGUGUGCGAAUCAUCAGAUUACGAUUCUCGGACAAUAAAUCAGAAAUGAAAAAGAUUCGCGAUAAAUAUUCAAUUAUUUUGUAUACUCGUUCAAAUUUUCUCAAUCUCUCUCUCGACCUCGACGACUUAAUUAUCCUCGAUUUUUGUCCUAAACGGAGUGUGCGUGUGCGUUUAGUCAUUAACCGAAAGCGAGUCAACGUCCGUCGAGGUUUUUUUUUCUUUUUUUUUUUUUAGAAUAGAU